AUGGCGACGAAGCGCUUUCGAGUUGGCCAUGCCAUGGCAAGAGAGACGCGCGGUGGAGCCAGCGACGCCAAAGCACCAGAGCACCCCCUACCCCCUGUAUUGGAACUAAAACUUAGCACGCUUAUCACUGUACGGACCAAGUGCAGUACUAUUACACAGCAGGUGGAAGCUGUCGUCGUCCUAUUCGCCCUAAAUCGCGGCAUCGCCCCACAUCGCCGGCCCCUGCCGCGUAGACUCUCUGCCGCGGAUCUGGCCGGAGCACUCCCGGCACCGCGACAAAUCAGAGACCGGGAUUUAAAUGGUCUCGAGACGUGA